UUUGUGGGACGGGGGAAGUCGCGAGGGCGAUCGCGCAUCGAGAUUAUUCCCGGAUGAUUAUUCCAGACAAUGACUCAGAGUGACGAUUUUUGUGGGUUGCGAGAAUUUUCCAGUAUUUGGUGAAUGGAGUUUUGUGGGUUGUGAGAAUUUGUCAGGAUCCGCGGGGUUGUGUCCGCUGUGGCCGCUGUCGUCGUCGUGGUUGUCGUUGCGGGCAUGAAAAGAGCGGCAAAUUACCGUCGACUUACAUUUCGGUUCGUGUUUUCACUUUCGCUUUUUACCUUUCGAAGCAGACCGGAGCUUGGGUCUUUUUUCUUGUGCCCGCUGCGAGGUGGGUUGUGAAGAAUUCGAAAGCAUUUGGUGCACGUAGGGUAGAGGUUUUGAGAGGUGGGGCGCUGGAGAAUGGCGCCCAUUGGAGCCAUGGCGGCGAUACGAGCUGUGGCACGGCACUCGCUUCUUACUUCCCUCAUGCGCGGGUCCCGUUCGGGUUGUUAUUCCUCGUCGAUUUGGGGAUCGGGCAGGAAUUUUAGGAAUUUCAUGAAUAGUUCGUCUUCGAAGUUGCGUUUUCCUGGAUCGGGGCAUGAAUUGCAAGGUUGUCCAAGUGGAAGAGCAGGCGCUCUGCUUAUUUUAGCAAGGAAGAAAUCAGGGUUCGCAGAGUUGUUUAUGAACAGAAGGUCAGGAGAGCAGGAGAAACAGGUGGAUGGAUCUAGAAUCCGGCGACCCCCGUUAAAGCGAGGCAAAGUUUCCCCUCGUUUGGAAGUUCCCAAGUCCGUUCCUCGUCCUCCUUACGUUGACUCGCGAAAUGCACCUGCAUUUCUGGACGAGUUUCAAAUUCAAGACGCUGAGGGGAUUAAGUUCAUGAGGGCGUCUGGUCAGCUUGCUGCACGGGUUCGCGAUUUUGCGGGAACACUGGUGAAGGCAGGUGUGACAACGGAUGAGAUUGAUAAAGCUGUACAUCAGAUGAUUAUCGAUGCUGGUGCGUAUCCCUCUCCUCUUGGCUAUGGAGGCUUUCCGAAGAGUGUUUGUACUUCUGUAAACGAGUGCAUUUGCCAUGGCAUUCCCGACUCUCGUCCUCUUGAGGACGGAGAUAUUGUCAAUGUUGACGUCACGGUCUACUUAAAUGGUUACCAUGGGGACACUUCCAAGACUUUCUAUUGUGGUAAUGUUAGUGAUGAAGCUAAACAGCUAGUUGAGGUAACAAAGGAAUCUCUUGAUAAAGCAAUCUCCAUCUGCGGACCAGGUGUCGAGUUCAAAAAAAUUGGCAGGACUAUCAAUGAAAUAGCUGAUAAGCACGGCUAUGGUGUAGUAGAGCAUUUUGUAGGUCAUGGUGUUGGAAAAGUUUUUCAUUCUGCUCCCUCCAUUUUGCACAAUCGUAAUAAUCAACCUGGACAGAUGGUAGUUGGACAGACAUUCACUAUUGAGCCUAUGCUGACAGAAGGGAGCAUAAGGGACGUGAUGUGGAACGACAACUGGACGUGUGUGACAGAAGACGGUGGUUUAUCAGCACAAUUUGAACACAGCCUUUUAAUUACUGAAUCGGGUGUAGAAAUUCUUACCCUGUGACAGGGUGCCCGUGUAGACCUUCUACAAACUUUUUCUUGUUUAUUCCUUCUGGGACCACUUACCACAACCUGUAUUCUUAAUGUUCAAUUUACGUCCAGCCGUCUACCGAACUGGAAUCAAACAGGUUUUUCCUAGUUCCUUGUUAGCUGGGCGCUCCUCGAUUUGUCAAGUAAAAAGAUACCAAGGCAAUGAAAGCAUUUUAUAUGAUCUCUUACAGUGGCUUGAGAUCAUACAAUCAUGAAUUUCGUACAA